CGCGAUCACCUUCAGCAUGAACGACCUAAAGCCAGCCACGAGCUAUACGAGUACCUCACUUCACGAGGCCGUCAAACUGCGCCUGGACGAGCCGGGAUCCUUUUCCCAGACAGUCCUGCCCCAGACAAUUCCCCAGUUCUUUAAAGAUGCAUGCGAGAAGCAUCCGGAUCUGCCCGCCUUGGUUUGGGAAACCCCAGGAUCUGGGGUAGAUGGUUGGACCACUCUGACCUAUGGCGAGUACCAGGAGAGAGCGGAGCAGGCGGCCCUGAUGCUGCUGAGCGUUGGAGUCGAGGAGCGCAGUUCGGUGGGCAUCCUGGCCUUCAAUUGCCCUGAAUGGUUCUUCGCGGAGUUCGGCACUCUGAAAGCCGGAGCCGUUGUGGCAGGCAUUUAUCCGAGCAACUCGGCGGAGGCCGUUUAUCACGUCCUGGCCACGGGAGAGGCCUCCGUUUGCCUGGUGGACGAUGCCCAGCAGAUGGCCAAGUUGAGGGCGAUCAAGGAGCGUCUGCCUCGCUUGAAAGCGGUGAUCCAGCUGCACGGACCCUUUGAGGCCUUCGUCGACCAGGAGCCGGGAUUCUUCAGCUGGCAGAAGCUGCAGGAGCGAACGUUCUGCAGCGAACUCAAGGAGGAGCUGGCGGCCCGGGAGAGCAGGAUCCGUGCGAACGAGUGCGCCAUGCUGAUCUUCACCUCGGGAACCGUCGGCCUGCCCAAGGCAGUGAUGCUGUCCCACGACAACAUCGUUUUCGACACAAAGUCAGCGGCAGCUGGACUUCAGGAUGUGCAGAUCGGCAAGGAGAGCUUCGUGAGCUAUCUGCCGUUGAGUCAUGUGGCUGCCCAGAUUUUCGACGUAUUUCUGGGCUUAGCGCAUGCCGGAUGUGUUACCUUUGCCGACAAGGACGCCCUCAAGGGAACGCUGAUCAAGACCUUCCGGAAGGCGAGACCAACGAAAAUGUUUGGGGUUCCACGCGUCUUCGAGAAACUUCAGGAGCGCCUGGUGGCCGCGGAGGCCAAGGCGAGACCCUAUUCCAGAUUACUCCUGGCAAGGGCCAGAGCUGCUGUGGCUGAACACCAGAUAACGCUGAUGGCGGGAAAAUCUCCGUCCAUUUAUGGCAGUACCAAAUACUGGCUGGCCUCUCGCAUCAUAAAGCCCAUCCGUGAGAUGAUAGGACUGGACAACUGCCGAGUUUUUCUGACCGGCGGAGCUCCCACCUCGGAUGAGAUGAAGCAGUUCUUCCUGGGCCUGGACAUUCCACUGGGCGAAUGCUACGGGAUGUCGGAAAGCGGUGGGGCCAUCACCCUGAAUGUCCAGAUCAGUAAUCUGUACAGUGCGGGUCAGGCGUGCGAGGGCCUCAUUCUGAAGAUCCAGGAGCCCGACUGCAAUGGUCAGGGCGAGAUCCUGAUGCGGGGUCGUAGCAUUUUCAUGGGCUACUUGGGACUGCCCGAGAAGACCGAGGAGGCGAUCAAGGAAGAUGGGUGGCUGCAUUCCGGCGACUUGGGCUACAUCGAUGCCAAGGGAAAUCUGGUGAUCUCCGGGCGGCUCAAGGAGCUGAUCAUCACCGCGGGUGGAGAGAAUAUUCCGCCCGUGCACAUCGAGGAGCUGAUCAAGAAGGAGCUGCCCUGCGUGAGCAAUGUACUGCUAAUCGGCGAUCAUCGCAAGUAUCUCACUGUGCUGCUGUCCCUGAAGACCAAGUCCGAUGGCAAGACGGGAAUUCCCCUGGAUUCGCUGCGCGAGGAGACGAUCGAGUGGCUGCGUGACUUGGAUAUGCAUGAGACCCGUCUUUCAGAACUACUGGGCAUUCCCGCCGAUCUGCAGCUCCCCAACGAUACAGCCGCUCUGGCGGCUGCCCUUGAGAUCACCGCCGAUCCCAAGCUCCUGGAAGCCAUCGAGGAGGGCAUCAAGCGAGCCAACAAGCACGCCAUCUCGAAUGCCCAGAAGGUCCAGAAGUUUGCCCUCAUCCCCCACGAAUUCUCCCUGGCCACCGGGGAACUCGGUCCCACGCUGAAAAUAAGGCGAAAUAUUGUGCACGCCAAAUAUGCCCAAGUCAUUGAGCGACUGUACAAGUAAAUGUAAUCAUCUGAAGGGAUUUCUUAGACUAAGUUUAGAUUUUAUUACUCAAAGUGUACAUUGUAAUCAUUAUUGACACACACAAUUCUCUUAUAUGUUAAGACACUCGGAACUCAAUAUAUUUGUUAUUAAACCGA